AUGUUUCAGGACGAUUGCUACUGGCGGGAUCUUGUAGCCUUCACCUGGAAUAUCAAGACCGUCGAAGGCAAGGAUCAGAUCAGGGACAUGCUGACGCGGCAGCUGGCAACGAUCGCGCCAGGCAACUGGACGAUUGCGGAGGGUGAAGUACCAACCGAGGAAGGUGGUGUUGUAACGGCCUGGAUCCAGUUUGAAACGAAGCAGGCCCGAUGCUUCGGCCUGAUCCGACUGAAGGACAACAAGAUCUGGACCUUGUUGACCACCAUGGUCGAGAUCAAGGGCCAUGAGGAGCCAAAAGGCUUUCAGCGGCCCCUCGGUGCCAAACAUGGCGCCGGCAAGAACAGGUCGACCUGGAAAGAGGAGCGCGAACGGGAAAAUGCCGAAUUGGGCUAUACGGAACAGCCCUAUUGCGUGAUCAUCGGUGGCGGUCAGGGCGGGAUCGCACUCGGCGCCAGGCUGCGACAACUGGGUGUUCCAACCAUCAUAGUCGAGAAAAAUGAGCGGCCAGGAGACAGCUGGCGAAACCGCUACAAGUCUCUCUGUCUUCACGAUCCGGUCUGGUACGACCACCUGCCCUACAUCAAGUUUCCGGAAAACUGGCCGGUCUUCAGCCCGAAGGACAAGAUCGGCGACUGGCUCGAAAUGUACACCAGGGUCAUGGAGCUGAACUACUGGACCAGGUCGAUCGCCAAAUCGGCAAGCUAUGAUGAGGCAACCGGGGAAUGGACAAUUGUUGUCGACCGAGACGGCGAGGAAGUCACCUUGCGCCCAAAACAGCUGGUGAUGGCGACAGGCAUGUCGGGCAAGGCGAACGUUCCGGCUUUUCCGGGCAUGGAAAAAUUCAGGGGCGACCAGCAUCAUUCGUCAAAACAUCCCGGACCGGAUGCGUAUCGCGGCAAGAAAGCCGUUGUCGUCGGCUCGAACAAUUCCGCGCACGACAUCUGCGCGGCGCUCUGGGAAAACGACGUCGAUGUCACGAUGGUCCAGCGUUCGUCGACACACAUCGUCCGUUCCGACACGCUGAUGGACGUGGGACUUGGGGCGCUUUAUUCCGAGGAAGCCGUCCGGUCCGGAAUGACGACAGAAAAGGCGGAUCUGAUCUUUGCAUCCCUGCCCUAUCGCAUUCUCCACGAAUUCCAGAUACCGGCUUACGCGGAGAUGAAAAAGCGGGAUGCGGAUUUCUACGACGGGCUUGAAAAGGCCGGGUUCUGGCUGGACUGGGGCGACGAUGAAAGCGGUCUCUUCAUGAAAUAUCUGCGCCGUGGAUCCGGCUACUACAUCGACAUCGGUGCCAGCCAGCUCAUAAUUGACGGUGAAAUAAAGCUGAAGCGGGGCCAGGUCACCGAAAUUGUUGAAGACGGAGUGAUCCUCGACGACGGCACCAGGCUGGAAGCGGAUGUCAUUGUCUAUGCCACAGGCUACGGCUCGAUGAAUGGUUGGGUCGCCGAUCUCAUGGACCAGGAUACGGCGGACAAGGUCGGCAAGGUCUGGGGGUUGGGGUCGGACACGACCAAGGACCCCGGACCCUGGGAAGGCGAACAGCGCAACAUGUGGAAGCCGACCCAGCAGGACGCUCUCUGGUUCCACGGGGGCAAUCUGCACCAGUCACGUCACUACUCCCAGUUUCUCUCCCUGCAGCUGAAAGCACGCAUGGAAGGCCUCGAGACGCCGGUUUAUGGACUGCAGGACGUCCAUCACCUUUCGUGA